CAGGAGAGUAGCCUCGUUUCAAGAAGUGGCCUAGAUGGCCAUGGGAAAGCAUGGACCGUGUGAGAAAGUCGAAACAUACACACAACAGCACCGAUAACACCGAAAUUAUCUCCGAUGGAGCAGGAUAAGAAAAAUAGAAAUUCAAGUAAAAAAUUUAAGAGAAAAUCUCAGCCAAAAGAUACCUCAAAAAUGAAGAAUAACACGCAGCCUUCGGACAGGACUGAGGUUUAUCCUCCAUACAAGAAGUUUAAAAAAAAGUCUAAAAUGAAGAGAAAAAAGACAGUAGAAAGUAUGAACAACGAACCAGAUACAAAAAAGCAGCCAGUGAAGGUGUUGUCUUCGAACUGGCAGGCAUUCUUGCAAGAGGUUAAUGCUGAAAAACAAAAAUCAAGUAAUCAACAGCAUGGUCCCAAAACUCCAAAAAGGAAAAGGCCAGUGAAUAGUUUGCUAGAAAAAAACAGUGAAAAAAGAGCAAAGUUGGAAAAGGCUGAAGAGAAAGAAAGUAAUACAAUAAAAAGGGAAGACAUCUGGUUUGAUGAUGUUGACAUUGAUGAUAUUGAAACUGCAACUGGAAAAAAAUUUGUGUCUGAUGAUAAAAAGUCAGAAUCGAUUACAGCAGAGACAACUAUGCAGACAAAUGGUUUCACAUCAAGCAUAACAAAACGACUUGCUAUUGAUUGUGAAAUGGUUGGUGUUGGAAUCGAAGGUAAAGACAAUAUGCUUGGCAGAGUCUCAAUUGUCAAUUCCUUUGGCGAAACUGUUUAUGACACUUUUGUUGCACCAAUGCAAAAAGUUGCUGACUACAGAACGGAGUUUAGUGGCAUAAGACCAGAGGAUCUAGUCAAUGCACCGCCAUUCACCGAGGUCCAAAAACAGGUUGCUGAUUUAACUAACUGUAAAAUCCUUGUUGGUCAUGCUGUCCAUAAUGAUUUGAAGGUAUUAAUGCUAAGUCAUCCCAGAAAAGAUAUUCGAGAUACAUCGUCGUAUAAACCAUUCAAGAAACUAUUGAAGACUCGAUAUCCUUCUCUCAAAAAACUGUCAAAGGAGAUUUUGAAUGUAGAUAUUCAGUCUGGAGAGCAUUCAUCUGUGGAAGAUGCUCGCAUGACGAUGAAGAUUUACCAACUUCAUAAAAGGCAGUGGGAGAGAAGCAUUAAAGACAAAGGAUAUAAAACAACUAUUGAUAAAACGCCUCUGAUUUUCACAAAUAAGGAAUCAAAAGAGGACAGGAGAAAACGUUUAAGAAGUAUACGUGAUCGAAAAAAAAACAAAACAAAGAAACCUUAGUUUAAUGAAAAUCUUGAAAAUGGGCUGGGAUCCUAAAAAGGGGAGAGUUUUAAACGUUGUUGUCAGUUUGACACAGGUGGAGACAACGGAAAGUAUGUUCUAGUGAGCGCUAUAAUCCACACUGUUUCAAGAGAUCGUUCUUAAUUUAGUACAAGUUUUAGGGCAAGUUACAGAAGUCUACGUUUUUCGUUUAUGUGGUGUGAAAUGUUGGAGACUGGAUUGUUUCAUGACAAGGCUAGCAAAGCAAACUCUUUUUCAUGAGAAUGGAAGAGUACCUAUCGCACUGCUUUAGGAAAAUGUACAAUAUGUCACUAAGGACAGAAUGAUAAGAGGUUAUUGGGAAAUGUGAGGUUCUGAAUACAAUAACAAGAUUUUAGGAUCUAUAGUAGGUUUUAUCUUAAGUUGGUGUAUGCAAGCUGUUGGUAUUCAUUGCUGUUUAUUGAUAAAUGGUGUAUUGCUAGAAGAUAGACCAGCCACCAAUAAACGUCCAUGGCUGCUUAUCUGAAAUAUUGUUAUAAAUGUUGAAUUCUUGUAUGGUGUAUCCCAGUCUGUGAUAUUGUUAAAUCGUAGACUUCCUGGUCUAGAUUGGCUUUUGCAGCUUUGCAUAUAUUAGCAUACACAAUGUGCAUAAUCAUUUAUUUUGGCGCCUCUUCAUACAGAGAGGCUCAGUAACAUAAAUAUAUGCGUCAAAGGUAUUUGAAAAAUUUCAGGCCAAUAUUUCUACAAUACAUUCAUUUGUGUAAGAAUCUGUUCAUACCUUAGAAUAACAACCUUUCGGUCCUAGCUCAAAAUAUAGGAAAUUUUUCUGUUUCAAAUUUUCUAGAGGGAAUGGCGAUUGAAUCAAAAUAUCAGAAAACAACUAAUUCGUAAAGAAUUAAUGUGUAAACAGCAUCUCAUCCUCCUACCCUACACGUACCCUACCAUAAAAAUUUUAAAGUGACUGCAUUAAAGUUGAUUUUUAUUCUUGGUUUCUGAUAACCCCAAAAUUCAAGAAACUUUUGGGAAACAUUCAAUGAUAUCUAAAUUUUUUAUAACAAUGAAUGUAAUGAACUAAAUCAGAACUUCUGUAAAUCAGGCCUCAAGAAAUGUUUUUUAUAUAAAAUUAAGUUUCUAAUUCCUGUAAAUCAAAGUCAAUUUUGGUUCGUCUUUAUUUGCUUAGUUGUGUCGAUUGUGACGGUAUUGUUUC